AGAAGUAGAAGAAGACUAGUAUGAGUAUCCAAUACCCAAGCCCCUAACCAUUGAUGAGCUCCUUAGACCGCCAAAGAGCUGUCCCAAAAUUCAAAUCAGCAACUCCAUCACCGCUCCCUCUCUCCCCAUCUCCUUACUUCACUCUGCCUAAAGGUGUUUCUCCCGCCGACCUUCUCGACUCUCCUCUCCUCUUCUCUUCCUCUAACAUUCUGCCAUCUCCAACGACAGGCUCAUUUCCGACGCAAUCUCUGAAAUGGAAGAACAACGGUGUGCUCAUUGACCAGAAUGAAAUCAAAUACGAAGAUGGGAAGGAGCACUCAAAUUUUUCCUUCACUAACAACAACACAACUCCUCCCUUGUUCAUACCAUCUAUGGUAACUCAGCCUUUCCCCCAGCUGGAUUUAUCCAAAUCUGAAUCUCUGUCGCGUAACAAAACCUCUGAUGAUGGCUACAAUUGGCGCAAAUACGGGCAGAAGCAAGUCAAAGGAAGCGAAAACCCUAGGAGUUACUUCAAAUGCACGUACCCAAACUGUCUCACAAAGAAGAAAGUGGAGACGUCUCUUGUGAAGGAUCAGAUCACUGAGAUUGUGUAUAAAGGAAGCCACAAUCAUCCCAAGCCUCAAUCCACUCAGAGAUCAUCAGCAGCUUCCACCGCUGUAGCAGCACAUCAGAAAAGCAGUCGUGGAGAAGGUCAUGACAUUGGCGAGGAUGAAGCUGACGCCAAGAGAUGGAAAAGAGAAGAGAAUGUGAAGGAGCCAAGAGUGGUGGUUCAGACAACAAGUGAUAUAGACAUUCUUGAAGAUGGCUACAGAUGGAGAAAGUAUGGUCAGAAGAUCGUCAAGGGGAAUCCCAAUCCAAGGAGCUAUUACAAGUGCACAUUUACAGGAUGUUGUGUAAGGAAACACGUUGAGAGAGCAUUUCAAGAUCACAAGUCAGUGAUCACAACUUACGAGGGAAAACACAACCACCAAAUUCCUACACCAAGAAGAAGUCACACCUCAGGUUUUUGAAGUUUUUCGCAAAAUAAAACACAGAUUUCGAAGGUUAUUAGGAAAAAGUUAGACAGAGACAGAGAGAGAGAUAGAGGUUAUAUUUCUGUUUACUAAUGUAGUGUUCAUUGCAUUUAUAUAAUUUCUGUGGCCUCCUCAAACCUUUUUGCUUCCCAAAUCAUUUAAGCAAUUUAACUUUUAAUUUGUUCU